UAAAAGAUCAAUCAGAGAGUUUUUAAGAAAACCAUAUAUAGGCUUAGAUUUUCUCUUUUGCCUCUAUCUUCAUUGCUCCAAAUUAAACUCUGCCAUAAACUCUUUUCUCUCUAUCUUCUCUUCCCAUUAAAGAAUCCGAACGUUGUUGUUGUUCUUCUUCUAGUUCAAAUCUAUGACGAUGAGUAUAGAACAAGAAAUUGAAGUCUUGGACCAGUUUCCAAUUGGGAUGAGAGUUCUUGCUGUUGACGAUGACCAGACUUGUCUCCGUAUUCUCCAGACUUUGCUUCAUCAUUGCCAAUACCACGUUACAAUAACGAACCAGGCCCAAACAGCACUGGAGUUGUUAAGGGAGAACAAGAACAAAUUUGAUCUCGUUAUUAGUGAUGUCGACAUGCCAGACAUGGAUGGUUUCAAGCUGCUUGAGCUCGUCGGUCUUGAAAUGGACUUACCUGUCAUAAUGUUAUCUGCGCAUAGCGAUCCAAAGUAUGUGAUGAAAGGAGUCAAGCACGGUGCCUGCGAUUAUCUGCUUAAACCUGUUCGAAUCGAGGAGCUCAAGAACAUAUGGCAACACGUGGUGAGAAAGAGCAAACUCAAGAAGAACAAGAGUAGUGUGAGUAAUGGUGCGGGAAACUCUGAUAAAGCCAACAACAACAGGAAACGUAAAGAACAGUAUGAAGAGGAGGAAGAGGAAGAGAGAGGGAAUGAAAACGAUGAUCCAACGGCUCAAAAGAAACCUCGUGUUCUUUGGACGCAUGAGCUACACAACAAAUUCUUAGCAGCUGUUGAUCAUUUAGGCGUUGAGAAAGCUGUACCCAAAAAGAUUCUUGAUCUUAUGAAUGUUGACAAACUCACAAGAGAGAAUGUUGCAAGCCACCUUCAGAAAUUUCGAGUUGCUUUGAAGAAGGUGUCUGAUGAAGCCAAUCAACAAGCUAACAGAGUGGCCAUUGACUCACAUUUGAUGCAAAUGAAUUCUCACAAAGGACUUGGCGGGUUCUACCACCACCGAGCAAUACCUGUUGGAUCCAGUCAGUUCCAUGGUGGAGCCACAAUGAUGAGACAUUACCCUUCAAAUAGGAAUCUUGGUCGUGUAAACUCCCUUGCAGGAGGAAUGUUCCAACCAGUCACAUCAUCUUUUCCUCGUAACCACAAUGAUGGAGGAAACAUACUUCAAGGGUUGCCACUUCCUCCAUUAGAAGAGCUUCAGAUCAACAAGGCUUUUCAAAGCUUUAACUCACAACAGAACUCUCUAAUGGUUGCUCCUAAUAAUCACUUACUUCUCGAGGGUCAUCCGCAGUCAUCAUCACCAUCGUUGAACCAGGGGUUUUCACCUCACUUUGAGACCAACAACAACAACAAGCAACGAGAACAUUGGUCAAACACUGUAUUGUCAACCAACAUGCCACAGAGUAAUGUUCAUUCAAAACCUGACACCUUGGAAUGGACCGCCUUCUGCGACUCAGCUAAUCCGCUAAUAAACCCAAACCUGGAUACCAGUUCGACAUCUUUCUGCAGAAACACGGAUUUUGGAUCCUCAAAUGCUGCACAAACAGACUUAUUUCAUCCGUUACAGAUGAAUCAGCAGCAUGCAAGUAACUGGGGUUCAAUGACAGAAGCUCAACUUUUUAGAAAUUGUGAUUCAAAGGAAGGUUUACACAUGGCUUCAGAUGCUGGUUCCUUAGAUGAUAUAGUCAAUUCCUUAAUGACACAGGAACAGAGCCCAACUGAUUUCUCGGAAGGUGGUUGGGUGAUGGUUUAGCUCACUCGGAACAGAGCCAAACUGAUUUUUUUCUCUUUUCUUUGUUAACUUUGUUCUACUAGCUCUUGUUUUCAGACACAAUCAAUUAUUAUUAUCUUUGGUUCUGUCUCUUCUCUCUUCUUUGUAACGAUACUGUCAACUUAGUAAGACCCAAAUCCAUAAAUAAAUUCAAAGUGCCCACUAA